UGAUUUUCCGGUAUCUGCGCGGAGGAGGAGCUUGAAACAUCCGACAAGAAGAAGAAGUCCAGCGACGGUGGAGGCCGACUGACAGCGUCGUAUCGAAGAAGAAGAACACGCAAUUAUUACUCGGCGGUACAUUUGUGAGAGAUGCCGACCUCGUCCUAACGGAGGUCAGAGCGACGAUGGCCGGCCGGCAGCAGAGAGCCGCUGCAGACGGCUCAGCGGAGGCCAAAAGGACGGAGGUCAGAGCCACCGGGAAGAAGUGCUCCUGGGCCUCCUAUAUGACCAACUCUCCCACUGUGAUAGUGAUGAUUGGUCUGCCUGCUAGAGGGAAAACCUACAUGUCCAAGAAGCUGACGCGCUACCUGAACUGGAUCGGAGUGCCGACUAAGGUGUUUAACCUCGGCGUCUACAGGCGAGAGGCCGUGCAGUCGUACAAGUCCUACGACUUCUUCCGCCAUGACAACAAAGAGGCGAUGCUGAUCAGAAAACACUGUGCUCUGGUGGCGCUGCAGGAUGUCAAGGCCUAUCUGAAUGAGGAGGGAGGUCAGAUCGCCGUUUUUGACGCCACCAACACCACCAGAGAGAGGAGGGAGCUCAUCCUUCAUUUUGCUGAGGAUAAUUCAUACAAGGUGUUCUUUGUUGAGUCGCUCUGCGACGAUCCCGACGUCAUCGCGACAAACAUCCUGGACGUGAAGGUGUCCAGUCCAGAUUACCCCGAGAGGGACAGAGAAAGUGUCAUGGAGGAUUUUCUAAAGCGGAUCGAAUGCUAUAAAGUCACCUACAAACCGUUGGAUCCGGAUGAACACGACAGGAGCCGCUCCUUCAUCCAGGUCAUCAACGUCGGCCGUCGUUUCUUGGUCAACAAGGUGCAGGACUACAUCCAAAGUAAAAUCGUGUACUACCUCAUGAACAUCCACGUGCACUCCCACUCCAUCUACCUGUGUCGCCACGGAGAGAGCCAGUACAACGUGGAGGGACGCAUCGGGGGGGACUCUGAGCUGUCGGAGCGAGGGAGACAGUUCUCGGCGGCACUGAAGGCUUUCGUUCAGGAGCACCACCUGUCGGACCUGAAGGUUUGGACCAGCCAGCUGAGACGCACCAUCCAGACGGCAGAGGAGCUGGGAGUUCCCUACGAGCAGUGGAAGAUCCUGAAUGAGAUCGACGCUGGAGUGUGCGAAGAAAUGUCCUAUGAAGGUAUUGAGGAGAAGUACCCGGAGGAGUACGCCAUGAGGAGCCAGGACAAGUACCAUUACCGCUAUCCGGGAGGAGAGUCCUACCAGGACCUGGUUCAGCGGCUGGAGCCGGUCAUCAUGGAGCUGGAGCGGCAGGGCAACGUGCUGGUCAUCUGUCAUCAGGCCGUCAUGCGCUGUUUGCUCGCCUAUUUCCUGGACAAGAGUGCAGAUGAUCUCCCCUACCUGAAGUGUCCCCUGCACAAGGUCCUCAAGCUCACCCCGGUUGCUUAUGGUUGUAAAGUGGACUUGUUUGACCUGAAGGUCGAUGCUGUCAACACUCACAGGAGCAAGCCGCUGAACGCCGCGUCUCCGCCGUUCAUCCGGCGGAACAGCUUCACGCCGUUGUCCAGCCAGGACCAGAUCAAGAGACCUCGCCUGUACAGCGUGGGCAACCCCCCAAAUGCUCGCUUGUCCCAGGCGCCUGCUUUACCCAGCAUGCAGUUCUCCGAGGCGUCCGAGAUGCUGCAAAGCGAGCAGGACUCUGUCAACGGUUUCAGCGCCGCAGACGCGGGCGACCGCGUUCGCAGUUAAAGAAACCGCGGAAGGAGGUGUUUGUGGAACAUCUGUGAGCUCCCCCUCAAAGCCCCCGGCAUCGUCGUCCAUCCAGGCUUCCCUCCACAUGAAUGUAUCACCAGCACUGAAGGCCAGUGGUGAAAUGCCCCCCCCCCCCCAUGCAUACAUGCACUUAAAUGUAACUGAAGACCCGUCCAUUAGUUCCUGGCACACUCCACAUAGCGUAGACAUGUUAUUCUGCAUUAGACACAGAACAAGUUGAUCGUAAACACCAAUGGACGAGAGUGCCUAUCUUAGCGGAGCCACGCGCAGCCUUUUCCCCUCAUAUCCUCCAAGUUCAACAUUCCCAGGUGAUGUGCGACCUUUCUCGGUGGUCCGACAAGAUGUAGUUUUUAUUUUCACGUGUGAUUCGAAGCGUAUAAAGCUUUCAGUAGGCAGACACGGGCUGUAAAAGAAUGAUGAAAUGUUUCGUCUAGCCUCGAAAAAAACGGAAGCAGCUCAGUGAUUAUUUGAUCUGUGACAAUUAAUCUGUUGUCCCCUCGUUCCCUCCUGUUGUUCUUCUCUUCGUUUUGUCUUGAACCCGAAAAUAACCGCUUUAUUAUAUUAUUAUAUUUAUCCUGUGUUAAUGUCAAGCUGAUGACAUUUGACUCCCAUGAAACUGAUGCAAAUAUUUUCAACACAAAGUGCUCCUGAAUUUAAAUGCAUUUGAAACCUUAGAUGCUAAAAUCAAUCAGUCGUAUUCUCCUGAUGCAACAAAUAUACUGUGUUUGAAUUACUAGAUAACAUCUAUUCACAUGAAAAAGUGCCUUUAUUUAAAGGACUACAAGGCUGUGACAAUAGGGUUGAAUGUCUUAAAAAGAGCUUUAUUAGUCAUUUCACACUGUAAAUGUUUCCUUGAAUAAAGCUAAUUUUAACGCAGUGUUUA